AUGGCGACUGCAUUGGAUUUGUCAGAUUUGGGAAAUUUUGAUCCGUAUUCGGAUCCAACUACAUUGUCUCUACGAUGGAAAGAAUGGUUGCGGCGCCCGCGGCGGUAGGAAGUACGAACGGUUUCUGGUUGCUAUGGAUAUAAAAGAUGAUACUCGGAAACGUAUUGUUAUAGGAAGCGGCCAGCGGGAACUGACGAAGUAGAAAAUUUUUUUGCGACGUUGUCUGAGGUAGGGGAAGACAAAGAUUACAAGAAAGCGGUUGAAAAGCUGAACGAGUAUUUUUUACCUAAGAAAAAUGUGUUACUUGAAACCCGUAAAUUUCGACAGUUAAAACAAAUAACUGAGGAAACAAUUGAUCAAUAUUGUACCAGGCUUAGACAACAAGCCACCAUCGGUGAAUUCUCUAACAGUGAAAAUGAGCUUAAAAUACAGCUUGUUGAAGGAUGUUUAUCAUCGCGAGUGAGAAGAAAAGCCAUUCAGGAUGAUUUAUCAUUAGCAAACAUAUUAGCAUAUGCAAGAUCUCUUGAAAUAACAGAUAAAGCUGUCAAAAUAUUAGAAGAAGUUUUUCCUCCUCGAGUGCGGUUAAUGCUAUACAUAACCAACAAGAAAAGUCGAAUCAAUAUCAUCAACGAACGAGCACAGACAGCCACAUCAAUCAGCAACCCAGUAUCCUACAAGAAAUCGAUACUCCUACCCACUCAAGAAUGCGGAUCGAGAAAAUUCACAUGA